UGAGCCAGUGCUAUCAUGUUUAGAUGACCCUGCGUCCUGUUAGAGCGGAAUAAUCCAAGAAAACAGUGUUCAGAGUUUACUUAUUCUUUAACUUCUGGAUGUCUGUAAAAUGUCCUGGUUUGAGUAUCUUUCAGAACAAGUUGGACCUUGAAGCAGAUGGGCUACAGCAGCAGAACAUCACACUGGCUGCUGCUCCUGUUGGGUAAAAUCAGAAAACUUGAGGCUACAAUUCCCGCGGGCUCACCAAAAUUGGGCAAUAGAAGACUUGACUAAUGUCGCCUGGUCUGAUGAGUCCUGGUUUCAGCUGCAACAUUUACAUGUGCCACCUGCUGAUGAACAGCAGCUGUUGGCAAGUGAAGAAGAGCUUCCUGAGUCACAGGAGUGGAGCCCAAGCCUGGAUCAAGAGGACACCAAGCCCCCAAGCAUUAAAGAGGAGCAAGAGGAACUGUUCAUCAGCAAAGAAAGAGAGCAGCUUCAAGGACAAGAGGAGGUGGAUAUCAAGUUCCCGUUCAGUCCUGUUCCUGUGAAGACUGAAGAUGAUGAAGAGAAACCUCAGUCUUUGCAGCUUCAUCAGAUAAAAAUUGAACAGAUGGAAACAGGAGUUGAUGGAGAGGACUGUGGAGGAUCAGGACAAACUUGGAGCUCAGCUCCAGAGAGAUAUUCACAUCCAGACAUUGAGGUCAAAAUUGAAUACUCUUCUGAACCUGAGGUUGAAGUCUGUAACAAGAUGAAUUGCACAACAGUGUAUCAGUCAGGUUUAAGCUCUGUUGAAAGAGUUAAAGAUGAGGGACCAAAGACCAAUGAGAAACUGCACAGCUGUUCUGAGUAUGGAAAAAUAUUAAAUAUGCAAAAUAAUCUAACCAACCAUAUCCAUACAAGAGAGAAACCAUUGGGAUGCUCUGAGUGUAGUGCAAAAUUUAGCCUUAAAGCACAUCUAGUACGACAUAUGGCAGUUCACAUGACAAAGAACCCCAUCAACUGCCCUGUGUGUGGUAAAGAAUUUCAACGUAAAAAUUUGACAGAUCAUUUGAGAACUCACACGGGAGUGAAACCCUUUAGCUGCCCUGAAUGUGGCAAAAGAUUCAGACGUAAAAAUCAGAUGAGGGAUCAUUUGAGGUGUCACUCAGAAGAGACACCCUUCAAUUGCUCUAAGUGCGGUAGAGGAUUUAAUUGCAGGGAAUCUUUGAACCGACAUGUGUUUAUCCAUACAAGAGACAAACCCUUUGGUUGCUCUGAGUGUGGUAAAAAAUUUCACUUUAAGAGAGAUCUGAGACAGCAUGUGAAAAUUCACAUGGAAGAGAAACCCUUCAGCUGCUCUGACUGUGGUAGAGGUUUUAAUCAUAAACAACAUCUAACACUACAUAAGUGCAUUCAUACAAAACCUAAGAUCAUUUGUUCUGAGUGUGGUAAAGAAUUUGGCAAAACAAGUUCUCUGAAAAGGCAUAUGAUGAUUCACACAGGUGAGAAACCUAUUUGUUGCUCUGAGUGUGGUAAGAGUUUCAAGGACAAAGCUCAGUUGAAUAGACACAUGAGAGUUCAUACAGGAGAAAAACCCUUAAGCUGCAGUUCGUGUGACCAAAGAUUCAGAUGGCAAGCUCAGUUAAGAAGACAUACAUGUGUUGGUGGUUUAGCUUCCUCACCAUUAAUAACAGACAUUAAACUCGAAAGCCACAUACAAACAGGAUCUGUUGUAGAAGACCUUGGUGGAUCAGAAGGAGAUAGGAACAUGGAUCCAGAUGAACAUUUACAAGCAGAGAUUGAGGUUGUCAUAGAGGACAUUCAUGAUGAUUCCUAGAAAACAAGUGGCCGUCCAUCAAAGCAGAUGGGUUGGCCAGAUUCCAUUUUUGUUACCAGGCUGAGCCAUCUGUAAAAUCCCAAUCUGAAAUGAUUGUGCAUGGUCCAAAAAUGGACCUGACUAAUCAGCAUCAUAAGAUGAGAAUAAGGUGGUAGCUACAGGGGUUUAGUUGUACCAGAAACUGGUACAAGCUGCUGCCACUGCUGUGGGUGUGAGAUUAGCUUAGAUGUGGCCAGAGCAUAGCAGCAGUUUUAUCAGAAAUGGACCAGAUGUAUCUUUGUCUUUAUUUUUCCUCUGAAAGAAGAGCAAAUAACUGCACUGAAAGCUCUUCAUGACAGAAAACAUGUUAUAUGUUGCAUGCUAUUUUGCAUGCAAUUAAUGUAUGAAACAGUCUGGUCUGUCAGGUUAGAGCAUCUGUAUAACAUCAGCAUACAGGAUGAUUUUAUGAUAGGGUGUCUCUGGGAAGAAGUGGAUAGAAUUUUACCUCUGUACUUAGAUUUCAUUGAGCUUGUAGAUAUUCAUUUUUUUCAUUAUCUUAAAGGAAGAAUUUGUUUCACUGCUCAGUGUAUUUAUAAGAAUUUAUUCUAUUUGGAUUAGUUUCCCCUUCCAUGCGAUCCAUAGGGCCUGUAUUAUGAUUUUUCUUUCUCUCUCUUACUUUUGACAUGUGCCUUGUACUAUAUUCAGUCCAAACAACACACUCUUCAUUG